AUGAAGCCGCCCACCGCACUCUCGGGACCAGGCGCAGAGAUAAGUAUCCACAAAGAUUGCCAGGAACAAUUAGAUUACGAGGGCGAACUCACCAUCGUGAUCGGCAAGACUGGGAAAAACAUCGCUGCCAAAGACUACGCAGAGUACGUCCUGGGCUACACGGUAGGCAACGACGUGUCCGCACGCAACUUCCAGCUCCCCGCGUCCGUCAGCGGAGGGCAAUUCGGGUACGCGAAGUCCUUCGAUGGGUUCGCGCCAAUAGGGCCGUGUAUUGCGUCUCAGGCCGCGAUCGGAGGCGACCCCAAUAAGAUACGGUAUUGGACGAAGGUCAAUGGGGAGAAGAGGCAGGAGACGGGGACGGACGAUAUGAUUUGGAGUGUGGGGCAGAUUGUGGAGCAUUUGAGUAGGGGGACGACAUUGCAGGCUGGGACUUGUAUUAUGACGGGGACGCCGAGUGGUGUGGGGGUUUUUAUGGAUCCGAAGGGUUUUGUGAAGGAUGGGGGUGAGGUGGAGAUUUAUGUGGAGGGGAUUGGGAGCUUGGUUAAUAGGAUGAAGUUUGAGUAA